AGUGGAGUCCACUCUCAACGUGCUGAAAUGGGAAGGAGGCGGUGUUUUGCUGAUCUGUUAAAUUCUUAGUGAAGUUUCCUUGAUUUCCAGUGGCUGCUGUUGUUUGAGUUUGGUCUGGAUAAAAACUGAGGUUGUCCUGGCAUUCCUGGGACUGAAUCCAGGCCAGAGGAAGAAGAAAACGAAGGAGAAGGAAAAGAGGAGGGGAGAAAUAAAGGGAGGAGAAAGGCACAGGAGAAAAGAGAAAAAGCCUAUUUUCAACAUCACAUUCCUGUGUUUUCCCUCAGCCUGGAAAACAUAUUAAUCCCAGUGCCUUUCCGCUCGGAAACAAAGGGACUGAGCCAGACUGUGGGGGAAAGGGUGAUAAGAAGGAUCCUGGAACUCUGAAGAGAGCAAAGAGUGAGACUCAGGGGCUUCCUGUCUGUCCACACAGGGACUGGCACACACAGAGACAAGACGACCCAGGAGAAACUGCAGAGAAAUGGAGAUGCAAGGACCUAAAAGGACAGCUCCCGUCACCACCUCACCCUGCUUGUCAAGAAGGUAAAGAGACAGUCUGAAAGAGAAGCAGGGAGCCGCUGGCUGAGCCCUCGGGUCAGGACAGGCGACUUCGGGAGCUGGAGCUGCAGCGCGUGUGCCCCAGCCUCGCAGAGGAGACAGAGGGUUUGGGAGGAAAGGCAUUUCGUCUAGGAGACUGUCCUGGGACCACACUUCAGCUUGCCUGUGAAACCCUCCGCAUUCCAUCUCCAUGAGCCACAGUUGGACUGCACCAUGACCUGGAGAAUGGGACCCAGCUUGGCCAUGCUGGUGGCCAUGUGGCUGGUGUGUGGGUCGGAACCGCACCCCCAGGCUGUGAACAGAGAGAGCCACCAGGGAUGGCAGAAAGCGCCCCCUGUCUACCACAGGAGGCCACCUCGGCCGCCGAGGCAACCGCCGCAGAGGCAACCGCCACAGAGGCCUCAGAAAACCCAGAAGACCCCGCUGGGAGAACUGCACCCUCAGCCUCUCCUGAGAAGGCGCGGCGGUGUGCCAGUGCUGCGGAUAGCUCCCCACGAAAAGGCCCCGCCGCCAGCCCCGCUGGACCUUCACGGUGGGGCCCUGCAGGGGAGAGCGGAAAGGAGGAGGCCAGCAGCAGCAGCAGCAGCCUUCUCCCGGCCUUCUCCCCAGGACAUGGUCCGCGAUGAGGGAUCCUCCGCCCGGUCCAGAUCGCUGCUGCGCUUCCCCUCCGGGUCCGGCUCCCCCAACAUCCUGGCCAGCUUCGCGGGCAAGAACCGCGUGUGGGUCAUCUCGGCGCCGCACGCGGCGGAGGGCUACUACCGCCUGAUGAUGAGCCUCCUGAAGGACGACGUGUACUGCGAGCUGGCCGAGCGCCACAUCCAGCAGAUCGUGCUAUUCCACCAGGCGGGCGGCGAGGCCGGCACGGUGCGCCGCAUCACCAGCGAGGGCCGCGUGCUGGAGCAGCCGCUCGACCCGGGCCUCGUGCCCAAGCUCAUGGGCUUCCUGAAGCUGGAGAAGGGCAAGUUCGGCAUGGUGCUGCUGAAGAAGACGCUGCAGGUGGAGGAGCGCUAUCCCUACCCGGUCCGGCUGGAGGCCAUGUACGAGGUCAUCGACCAGGGCCCCAUCCGCAGGAUUGAGCGGGUCCGGCAGAAGGGCUUCGUGCAGAAGUGCAAGGCCUCGGGGGUGGAGGGCCAGGUGGUGGCGGAGGGCGCGGAGCGGGCUGGCCCCAGCGCUGAGAAGAGGAAGGAAGAGCUGCGCAGGGUGCAUGUGCCACCGACCAGGGAUAGUCGGGGGAAGGUGCCCAGGAAGCCGGCCACCACCACCACCACCAGCACCACCACGGCUGCGCCCCCGCCGCCACCCCCCACCCCCAGGGCCACCACCCUGGCCCCGGCUCCCGCCCCCACGGCCACUCGGGCCACCGCGCGGGUGGUCACUGUGGCUGCGAGGCCCACGACCACCACCACGGCGUUCCCGACCACGCAGAGGCCCUGGACCCCGCGGCUGCAUCCUUUCCCAGAUGCCCACAGGCCCCCGGCCACGGCCACAGAGGUGACCACUGCCCGGGGGGCCGUGGCCUCGGAGAAUCUCUACCCUCCGCCCAGGAAGGAGCUGCCCAGGGAGAGGCCGCCGCCGCCGAGCACCAGGAGGCCCCCCAGCAAGGCCAGCGGCUCCGAGGGCCUCCCUGCCUCGCCUGCGCCCACAGGGGCGCACGGCACCAGGGCCGGGCCCAGCCGCUCCAGGGACAAUCGCACGGACCGGCGGGACCCGGCCGUGGUGGUGCCAGGUCCUUCCAAGCCAGCCAAAGGGAAGCCCCCCAAAAAGAAAGCGCAGGACAAGAUCCUCAGCAAUGAGUAUGAGGACAAAUACGACCCCAGCCGGCCCCCCACGGCCGCCCAGCUGGAGGAGGAGCUGCAGGCGGGGAACGUCCCCCCGCAGAAAGCCAAGGAGGCCAAGAAGCACGACAAGCUGGAGAAGCCCGAGAAGGAGAAGAAGAAGAAGGCCAAGAGCGAGAAGGCAGACAAGCUGCUCAAGAGUGAGAAGCAGGCGAAGAAGGAUAAGGCGGAGAAGAAGGGCCGGCCCGACAAGGAGAAGAGCAAGAAGAAGAAGACAGGCCCCGCUGAGCAGGACGGCCACCACCUGAAGCCCACCUCCAGGUACCUGCCGCCGAGCCCCAAGAGGCUGGUGGCCGACCUGCUGGGCUCCUUCGAAGGCAAGCGAAGGCUCCUCCUGAUCACCGCUCCUAAGGUUGAGAACAACAUGUAUGUGCAACAGCGUGAUGAAUAUCUGGAAAGUUUCUGCAAGAUGGCCACCAGGAAAAUCUCUGUGAUCACCAUCUUUGGCCCUGUCAACAACAGCACCAUGAAAAUCGACCACUUCCAGCUAGAUAAUGAGAAACCCAUGCAAGUGGUGGAUGAUGAGGAUUUGGUAGACCAGCACCUCAUCAGUGAGCUGAGGAAAGAGUAUGGAAUGACCUAUGAUGACUUCUUCAUGGUGCUAACAGAUGUGGACCUCAGAGUCAAGCAAUAUUAUGAGGUGCCUAUAGCAAUGAAGUCUGUGUUUGAUCUGAUCGAUACUUUCCAGUCCCGAAUCAAAGACAUGGAGAAACAGAAGAAAGAAGGCAUUGUUUGCAAGGAAGACAAGAAGCAGUCCCUGGAGAACUUCCUAUCCAGAUUCCGAUGGAGGAGGCGGUUGCUGGUGAUCUCUGCUCCUAAUGAUGAAGACUGGGCCUAUUCACAGCAGCUCUCGGCCCUCAGUGGUCAGGCAUGCAAUUUUGGUCUGCGCCACAUAACCAUUCUGAAGCUUUUAGGCAUUGGAGAAGAAAUUGGGGGAGUCUUAGAACUAUUCCCGAUUAAUGGGAGCUCUGUUGUUGAACGAGAAGAUGUACCAGCCCACUUGGUGAAAGACAUACGUAACUAUUUUCAAGUGAGCCCUGAGUACUUCUCCAUGCUUCUAGUUGGAAAAGAUGGAAAUGUAAAAUCCUGGUAUCCUUCCCCAAUGUGGUCCAUGGUGAUCGUGUACGAUUUAAUUGAUUCGAUGCAACUCCGGAGACAGGAAAUGGCCAUUCAGCAGUCACUGGGGAUGCGCUGCCCGGAAGAUGAGUAUGCAGGCUAUGGUUACCAUAGUUACCACCAAGGAUACCAGGAUGGUUACCAGGACGACUAUCGUCACCAUGAGAGCUACCACCAUGGAUACCCUUAUUGAACAGAAAUAUGUAACCUUAGCCCAAGUCAGUUUUCCUUCAUCUGUUAAAGCCACAUGUGGCCAGAUACGUAAAGGAGUUCUGCCUACAUUCCACACUGCCCACUACAUUCCCUUCCUUUUUCUUUCUGUGUUCUUCCACGAUUAAAUAAUAGCAAACCGUGGCCUA